AUGCUGGUCAGGGAUUUGGCCAUUAAAUUGCGUGAUCUACUAUCUCCGCUUCUUCUAACCUUGUUCUCCGUUCGUGAAACAACUGUUCGUUUUGAUUGCCACCCAGAACCAGGAGCAACACGAGAAGCGUGCGAAGCUAGAGGAUGUCUGUGGGGUUCACCUCAUGCAAAUGGAGCGCCAUGGUGCUAUAUGCGAGAAGGAAUUGGAUACACUCUUGCAGAAACCAAAGGACCGUUAACCAUACUAAACAAAAAUGAUGGCCCACAAAAUCCAUGGGGCGAGGAUAUCAGAAAAGUCCAUUUCGAAACAUCAAGGCUUGGAGAUAUACUGAAUGUGAAAAUAUUUGUUCCUGGAAGAUACGAUCCUCCUGUGAACCUUCUACGCGAACCACCAGAAUCCACAGAUUCAUUGAAGGUUAAAACCACUACGGAGAAUAAUGUCUUCUCAUUCGCCGUCUACCGAGAAUCUACGCAACUACCGAUAUUUGACACAUCAAUCGGUGGGAUGAUCUUUUCGGACAAGUUUAUUCAACUGGCAACCUAUCUACCGUCGGAUGCAAUGUACGGUAUAGGUGAAAAUGUCCAUUCAACGUUGAAACAUGAUUUUACGAACUACCGCACAUGGGCUCUGUUUGCUCGCGAUGAAUUCCCGAUCUCUGCAUUCUUCAGGCCAAUUAACCUCUACGGCAUGCAUCCAUUCUAUCUGAUCCUCGAAAAAGAUGGCAAAGCCCACGGCGUGUUCAUCCUGAACAGUAACGCACAGGAGUUUACCACCGCGCCUGGUCCUGCGUUGAUCUAUCGAACGAUUGGGGGAAAUCUAGACCUCUACUUUUUCCCGGGGCCAUCACCGGAAAAUGUCAUCGAGCAAUAUCAAGCUCUUAUCGGAAGGCCUAUUGUUCCUGCCUACUGGGCAUUCGGAUUUCAGCUGUCACGUUACGGCUACAAGGAUUUGGAAGAAAUGAUCGAAAAGGUGCGUAGAAAUAUCGAAGUCGGUGUUCCAAUCGAAACGACUGUAUGCGACAUUGAAUACAUGGACAGAUACAAGGAUUUCACUAUUGGCAAGGGCUGGGAGGAACUGCCGACGUACGUGGAAGAACUUCAUAAAAAGGGAAUGAGAGCGAUUUUGAUUUGGGAUCCAGCUAUACAAGUAGAUUACGAUGUCUUUGAAAGGGCAUUGCAAUUGAACGCCCGUUUCAUUGAAUGGGAAAGGAAGGACCAAGUUAUGCAAUGCAUACAGGACCUAUAUCCUUUAGUGGCCGACACUAAGAUAAUGCUAGGUGUUGUCUGGCCUGAUCGACAUGCUGCUUUCCCAGAUUUCCUGGAUAGGAACACAAGGAAAUGGUGGAUUGAGGAGUUUAUCAGGAUGUACAAUAAGGUUCAAUUUGACGGAGUAUGGAUAGACAUGAACGAACCGGCCAACUUUGGCACGAAUGAAGCUAAACCAUGGUACUUCGACAAUCCGGAUCAUCCAAAUAUCUCCACUCUUUACUGCCCUCUCGAAGGACCAGAUUCCAGUUGGGAUAUGCCUCCGUAUCAAACACAUGGCGUGUGGCUCUUUGGGAAUAAUUCUUUCCUUGCCCAAAAGACGUUGUGUAUGUUAGCAUUGCAAGCCAAUGGAACUCAAAGAUUUUAUAACGUCAAAGGUUUAUUUGGUUUACAUCAAGCUGAAGCAACUCUUCCAGCUCUAUAUGCUGCCACUUCAAAGAGAGGAGUCAUCGUUUCACGCUCUACAUUCGCUUCUGCUGGCAGAUACGCAGGCCACUGGUUAGGCGAUAACGCUGCGCAAUGGGAGGAUCUGCAAACUUCAGUAAUUGGUGUGCAGGAGUUCAAUUUGUUUGGAAUACCUUAUGUUGGCUCUGAUAUUUGUGGAUUUUUCUCCUCCCCCAGUGAAGAACUGUGCUUGCGCUGGCAUCAAGUGGGAGCAUUCCACCCCUUUAUGAGGAAUCAUAACUGUAAAGGUGCACCUCCUCAGGAUCCGGCAGAAUGGAAAUCGGUCGCUGAAGCGGCGAGGAAGGCUAUCCUAUUUCGAUAUAAAUAUCUUCCAUACCUUUAUAGCUUGCACUUUACUGUGUCAGUGAAGGGCGGAACUGUAAUACGACCUGUAUUUUUCGAGUUCCCAUUGGAUAAAGAGACUCACAAUUUGGGUCAUCAGUUUAUGUGGGGACGUUCAAUGAUGAUAGUUCCUGUUCUUAAAAAGGGUGCAGUAAAUGUUGAUGCAUAUUUUCCUCAAGAGGAAUGGUAUUUCUUAUACAGUAAGGAGUACGGUAAACUUAUAUCUCCCGGAUACAAUACUGUUAGAGCUUCAUUGAGGUCCCUAACACCAGUGUUUGUGAGAGGAGGGAAUAUUCUGCCCCGGCAAGACCCGGCAAUGACUACUGCUGCAUCUCGAAAGAAUCCCUUCGAACUUUUGAUUGUACCACGCUAUUCUCAAGGCAUUGGUGGAUACGCUGAUGGAUUUUUGUAUUGGGAUGACGGAGAAUCUAUAAUACAGUCUGUAGUUACUCACAACUUCUACGAGUGGUCCUUCAAGUUCUACUGUGAUAUGAAACAAGCAACUCUCUUUAUUGAAACAAGAAGACACGCAACAAAUCUUACAAUUCCUACGCUGGAUAAACUGGAAAUACUCGGCUAUAAGUAUAAACCAGAUUUCGACAGCUUUGCAUUAAACGGAAUUAAUGUGGAUGUUGAACACUCCCUCUCCAAAGACGGUAUUCUUGAAAUCUCGAGAAAGGAUAUGAUUGAUAUUUCAACAGGAAAGACAUACAAUCUUAUGUGGACACAUUAUUUCGAAACAUUAAAGGAAUGA